CAUUUGGGAUCGGAAAAAGUUUGGUUUUAAUUUUUCAAACUGGUUUGCUAGAAAUGUAUCCUUAGCAAUCGAAACAAACAGUAAAAGGGUUCUGACUUCUGAGCUAUGGCUUGCCAAGGAAAGCAAUCAAAACAUGUUACACCUGCACUCUUAGUUGCUUGCUGGUUUGUUUUGCUAUCCUCCUGCAAGGCUAAUCUAGAGGCAGAAACAGAGGCUCUACUCAAAUGGAAAAAAAGCCUCCCAGCUGACCAACCAAUUCUGAACUCAUGGGUAGAACAAAUCAAUUCAACUGCUUCAAGUGCAUGCAUAUGGCAUGGAAUAGCUUGCAAUGAUGAAGGGAGUGUUGCUGAAAUAAACCUUGCUUACUCUGGAUUGAAAGGUACCCUCGAAAACUUUGAUUUUCUUUCCUUUCCAAACCUUCUUCGCCUUGAUCUUAGAUCUAACAAACUCAAAGGUACCAUACCAAUGAAUAUUGGCAUGAUUUCUAAAGUCCAAUAUCUUGACCUUUCCAUUAAUUCCUUCAAUGGGUCACUCCCUCUUUCCCUUGCUAAUCUCACUCAAGUUUAUGAGCUUGAUGUUUCCCAAAACAAUAUAACAGGAAAACUCGAUAGCCGUUUGUUCCCUGAUGGAACGGGUAAGUCUAAAACCGGACUCCUUAGUCUAAAAAAUUUUCUCCUCCAAACUAAUGAGCUUGUUGGCAGAAUUCCUGAAGAAAUAGGCAAUUCGAAACACCUGGUUCUACUGGCUCUUGAUGGGAAUUACUUUUUUGGUCCUAUCCCUUCAUCUUUGGGAAAUUUGAGUGACUUAACCAUCAUUCGUCUUGCUGAUAAUCAACUUUCAGGACAGAUUCCUGCCAACAUUGGGACUUUAAAACUAACAGAGGUGUACCUGUUGCUUAACCAGUUAUCGGGCUCUGUACCAGAAGAAAUAGGAAACCUUUCUUCCUUAGUUACUCUACACUUGGCCGAGAAUAACUUCACUGGCCACUUGCCCCAACAAGUUUGUAAAGGUGGAAAACUUGCUAAUUUUAGUGCAGCCUUGAACAAUUUCAUUGGUCCCAUCCCUGUUAGUCUUAAAAACUGUCGAACCUUGAAAAGGGUUCGGCUUGAACAUAACCAACUAACAGGAUAUAUAGACCAAGAUUUUGGGGUGCACCCAAAUCUUACUUACAUUGAUUUGAGUUACAACAGGUUGAGAGGUAAACUCUCACCAAACUGGGGUGAAUGCCAAAACUUGACUGUUUUGAGACUUGCAGGGAAUAUGAUUAGUGGUAAAAUCCCCAAUGAGAUUGUUCAAUUGAGCAAAAUGGGAUACAUUGACCUUUCUUCCAAUCAAUUGUCAGGUGACAUACCUGCAGAAAUUGGAAGGUUAUCCCAGUUGUACUCCCUAUUCCUAAAUGACAACAAGCUUUCAGGUAAGGUACCAGUGGGAAUUGGAGGACUUUCCAACUUGGUGUCUUUAGACCUUUCAAUGAACAUGGUAAGUGGACCGAUUCCAUUUCAAAUUGGGGACUGCUGGAAGCUACAAAGUUUAUCUUUGAGCAACAAUUACUUGAAUGGCAUGAUUCCCUAUCAAAUUGGUGGCCUUGUGGCAUUACAAGAUGUACUAGAUUUGAGUUUCAAUUCACUGUCUGGACAGAUACCACCCCAGCUUGGGAGCCUUAGAAAUUUAGCAAACUUCAACCUCUCACACAACAACCUCAAUGGCUCAAUCCCCACUUCACUAAGUAACAUGAUGAGCUUGACAAGCAUCAACCUGUCAAACAACAACUUAGAGGGUCCUCUUCCUGAGAGCAAAAUCUUUCAGUCAUCUACAUUGGAAGCUUUCAGUAACAACAAAGACCUAUGUGGUGAAAUCCAAGGUUUGCGUCUAUGUAAUGCCUCAGUAAUAAAGAAGGGUGGUGGAAAAGAGAAAAGAAAAAUUGUAAUAGUCAUUGUUGCUUCUUUAGUUGGUGCGUUGUUAGUUUCAUUUGCAUUUGUUGGGAUUUUUAUAUUUCUCCAAAAGAAGUCCUCAAGAAAUAUGUUGAAAGCUGAAAACACAUCAAGGACUGGAAGUCCAUUCUCACUAUGGUACUUUAAUGGGAAGGUCGUGUAUAAAGACAUACUUGAAGCUUCAAAAAACUUUGAUGAAAUGUAUUGUGUUGGGGUGGGAUCAUCUGCAAAAGUUUACAAAGUGGGAAUUCCAGGCAGUCAAGUAUUAGCAGUGAAGAAGCUGAGUUCUCAUGCUGAAGGCGUAGGGGCUGAGAAUAUAAAAAAUUUUACCAACGAGUUAGCAGCUCUGACAGAAAUAAGACAUAGGAAUAUUGUAAAGCUCCUUGGCUUUUGUUUCAAUGAAAAGCACAUGUUUUUUAUAUAUGAAUUCAUGGAAAGAGGAAACUUAGCAGAUAUGUUAAGCAGCAAAGAAGCAAAGGAGCUAAAUUGGGAAACUAGGGUACGAAUCGUUAAAGGUGUGGCCUAUGCUUUAUCUUAUAUGCAUCAUGAUUGUGUUCCACCUAUAAUUCACCGAGACAUCUCGAGCAAGAAUAUUUUGUUGACCUCUGACCUUGAAGCCUGUGUCUCUGAUUUUGGCACUGCGAAGUUCUUGAAGCCUGAUUCAUCUAACUGGACAACAAUAGCAGGCACGUAUGGCUAUCUCGCACCAGAGCUUGCUUACACAAUGGUAGUGACUGAAAAAUGUGACAUUUAUAGCUUUGGUGUUUUGGCACUUGAAGUUCUUGUGGGAAAGCAUCCAGGCGAACUCAUUACAGAUCUACAUUCUUUAGUUGGUACAAAUGUCCACCUCAAAGAUGUGUUAGAUGAUCGUCUUUCACCUCCCACAGGUCAAAAGACUGCUAAUGAGUUAAAUCUAAUAGUGAAAUUAGCAGUUUCAUGUUUACGUACCAAUCCACAAUCUCGCCCAACCAUGCGAAGUGUGUGUCAGCAGCUGGAGAUGGAGGGUUCUAAUAAUUAAAGUAAUCGUCGCUCGCCCUAUGUGUGGGCAUUUUGUGUAUGAUUUUUUUGGGUACUUAAGUUUGUAAGACUAAUAAAGAUGUGUGUAAGAUGCAUAUAUUGAACGCAGACCAUGCAUCCUUUAACUCUUUAAGCAUGUCCUGUUAAUUUUCAUGUAUUGU